UUCUCCUCAGGGGACCCGAAGCAAGACCUGGCGUACGAGCGCCAGUACGAGCAGCAGACCUACCAGGUGAUCCCUGAGGUGAUCAAAAAUUUCAUUCAGUAUUUUCACAAGACAGUGUCGGAUCUCAUUGACCAGAAGGUGUAUGAGCUCCAGGCCAGCCGUGUUUCCAGUGAUGUUAUUGACCAGAAGGUGUAUGAGAUCCAGGACAUCUAUGAGAACAGCUGGACAAAGCUGACAGAAAGGUUUUUUAAGAAUACCCCGUGGCCAGAGGCUGAGGCCAUUGCCCCUCAGGUUGGAAAUGAUGCCGUUUUCCUCAUCCUAUACAAGGAGCUGUAUUAUAGGCAUAUCUAUGCCAAAGUCAGUGGGGGGCCUACGCUGGAGCAGAGAUUUGAAUCCUAUUACAACUACUGCAAUCUCUUCAACUACAUCCUCAAUGCUGAUGGCCCUGCUCCUCUGGAAUUGCCCAAUCAGUGGCUCUGGGAUAUCAUUGAUGAAUUCAUAUAUCAGUUCCAGUCUUUCAGCCAGUACCGCUGCAAGACAGCCAAGAAGUCUGAAGAGGAAAUUGAUUUCCUUCGUUCCAACCCCAAGAUCUGGAACGUUCAUAGUGUCCUUAAUGUAUUGCACUCUCUGGUAGACAAAUCCAACAUCAACCGACAGCUAGAGGUCUAUACAAGUGGAGGUGAUCCCGAAAGUGUGGCUGGUGAGUACGGUCGCCACUCCCUCUACAAGAUGCUGGGCUAUUUCAGCCUGGUUGGGCUGCUGCGUCUGCACUCUCUGCUUGGGGAUUACUACCAAGCGAUCAAGGUUCUGGAGAACAUCGAGCUUAACAAGAAGAGCAUGUACUCCCGGGUGCCUGAGUGCCAGGUGACCACGUAUUACUACGUGGGCUUCGCAUACCUGAUGAUGCGGCGUUACCAGGAUGCCAUCCGUGUCUUUGCCAACAUCCUUCUCUACAUCCAGAGGACUAAGAGUAUGUUUCAGAGGACGACCUACAAGUAUGAGAUG